AUGGCAGCAUCUUCAUCCGACUCCGAAUCACUGCAUUACUCCAUUGGUAUUUUGGGUAUAUCUGGUGCCUCCUUGCUGCUUCUGAUUAACUACUAUGCCAGCUCUCCUGAUAAGGCCUUGAUACCUCCUACAGCAUUGGGGAUUGAGCUGAUCAUUAUCUCUGCCCUGGUGGCCUAUGCAGGUCUGUGCCGGAGUUUGUCUCACAACAUUCUUUAUACCACACUGUGUCUGACUGUGUCAGCUCUGUGGUGUAGCUCAGGGCUUGUUUAUAUUUUAGUAGGGGAAGGUAUAAUCACUGAAGGAACAGGUUUAAGAAAUGCAAUGGUACCAGGGCUUGCUGCGUUUACUUUGGCAUUGCUUUUCAUUAGUUUAGUGGGUGUUCUGCAUAAAAAGGUUUUACUCAGCUUUAUUUCCCUUACCAUAUGUUUAGCGUGUGCACAUGAAAUCGCUGGUAUAGUUAAGGUAAACUUUGGCCAGUCAGCCACUGCUGCCUGUUACCUUUUGGUUUGUUUUGUCUCUGCCUACUUUGGCAUCAUUCGUCUGUUUUUCUACAUCUCACAUGGUAAGAUUAAUCUACCAGGAACUGGGCUGCUGAAUAAAAACAGUCAACACUCAGCACAGGGUCAAGAACAUAACAACAUAAUUGCUGUUGGUUUAGUAAUGAACUUGGUGUCAGCUAGUGUGCUAGCUUGUCCAUUGCUUGGUGUGGUCCCUACACUUUUUUCUGGCCAUGUCCCAUGGCUUUGGACAGCUGGCAUCUUCCAGCUAGGUGUGUCUAUUCUCUCCUACAGAGCCAUAGACACCAUGGCAGCAACGUUUUAUGGCUUUACAGCUAUACUAAAGUUUUCGGAAGGAUAUAGCGUGCUAGUGAGGGACUUAACAAACCAAGUACCCUAUUCCCCAGUACCUUUCCCCACUGUUUUUGCAGUGCUUUUUUUUGUCCUGGCUUUGUUUAGUUGCACUAGAAGUUUAGUUGAUGGUCUGUACGUGCUCUUCUUUGUUGCUUACUCUAUAGCCAUCGCUGCACAACCCAGAGGCUUUUUCCAGGAGGGAACACAAGGUGUGCAAGCAGCUAUAUUUGUGGCAUCUGCCAUAAUGCUUCUAGUAAUUCUCUAUAACCAUGUUUCUGAAAAGAAGAUACCCACAGGUGAAAGUAUCCUCAAGAACCUUCUGGCUCGCAGCAAUAAAUUUACACUACGGACACAGGACAAAGAUCUGCAUGCUCCUUAUUUAGGUUACUCUAAAUAUGCAGAUGCUGAGGUUUUGGGCCAUGGUUGUAGCGUUCUGGCAGCUUUUGCCAUAACUGCUAGUAAUGCUAAUCAGGACCCCUUAUCAAUUCUGAUUUUGCCAUGGGCUGUGGUUUCAGGUGUCCUACAGUUGCUUUGUGGUUCAGUAGCCUUUGCUCGAGGUAAGACCCUAGAAAGCACUGCGUUUAUAUUCUAUGGAAUUAUGUGGAUAGUGUGGGGCCUGACACGUUUUGGUGGUCUCUAUGGUGAUGUCCGUGGGUUCAACUUAUCAGUAGGAAUCAUCAGCUUUAUGGUCUUUAAUAUGCUUGUGGUUAUCGGAACCCUGUUCCUGAAUAUAGCAUGGUUUCUCUAUGCAGUUACCUUUGAGCUCAUUCUAAUUAGUUUCCUGUUGGAUGCAUUAGGAACGCUGCCCUAUGGCUAUGACAUUGGUGUGACCAUCAUUUUUGGUCUGGUUAGUUUCUACUUUUUUCUGGCCAAUAUACUAAACUGCACUUUUGAAAGUCUGCAACUUCCCUUCGGUUAUCCUCUGAUCAAGUUGAAAGGAUUUGGUGGAGGCAGAGACAGCUGUCCACACCUUCCUGCUAGAAAGGUCUCAUCAGUGAAGCAGAUUGCAGACAUCAUGAAGAAUGGAGGUAUAUGUGGGAUGCCCACCGACACUGUCUAUGUGCUUGUGGCAGCUUGUAAUCGACCAGAGGCCGUUGAACGGGCGUAUAAGGUGAAGAAACAGGCGCAAGAGCGCCCAAUGUCAUUAUGGAUCUCUUCCAUUAAACAGUUGGAACCAGUCAAACAACAGAUCAAUCCACUUCUCUGGGACUUGAUGGAGGUGGCUUGGCCAUCAUCAAUCAGUCUGGUCAUACCUAGAGCCCCAUGGAUGGAGUUCUUUGGUUUCCGUGAUUCAUCAAAAUAUAUUGGCACACCGCAAAGCAUAGCUAUCAGAAACCCAGACUGUACUGUUGCAAACCACCUAAUUAGCUUGGUGGGUCCUAUUGCUGUUACAUCAGCAAAUCCAACAGGAGAAGCAGACACCACCCAUCAUAACCAGGUGUACGCAAAGUUGGGUGACAAGGUUGAUGGUGUGUUAUGUGAUGGACCUUCACCAGAAAAUAUUGCCUCCACUGUUGUUGACUGCACCAAGAUUGAGAGUGGACAAAUUGGCUUUUUCAGAGUCGGCCUUAUUCCUAAGUCUAAGGUCCUGCAGCUAUUCGAGGAAAUUCAGAGGAGACAUAAGCAUGGCCAUUUGAAUGAUGGCUUUGAGACAGACAUCGCUGAUCCUCAAAGAAACAGCCCAGUUACUUACACAGACUCUGAAACAGAUUCAGGUCAAUCUGACUCGUUGAGAUCACUAGACCUCAGCCAAAACACCAACAGUGAGGAUGAAGAUGAAUUAUAGAGCUGACCUCUGUAUCAAGAGCUUUAAGCAUGUUAACAAAUGCCUGUAAAUAUCUAAUUCCAUAUAGUACACUUAUAGAAACCACCCAAAACAAUAAAGCCAAAUUAAAUGUAA